AUGAGCCCACCCCCGACAGUCCUCCAGGCGGAGAGCUCUACACCCAGAACCUUCCGGUCUCACUUCCAGCGUCUGCUCAGCCACAUGCCGCCACCCGACGCAGAGUUCUGGAAGGAUCUCGACUCCGGAGUUUUUCUCUGGCCUGUUGUGGACGUUCCGCUGCCCGAGAAACCGACGCUCCUGGCUCGGGAGCUUCUGCUGUGGACAGCCCGAGACGACCGGUAUCUUCCGUCAGUCCAGCCCGUCGAAGGGUUGUCCGCUACUUUGCACCCGCCGCCAGGCUUCGCGUACAACCUUCACGGAUGCCAGGCAUGGGACAAGGAUUCCACACCGACAGAGACGGGCAGCCGGGUCAUCACCUAUCUGCUCAGCGAGACUCCUGUGACCUUCCGCAGCGCCGAUGGCAAGCAAUCAUCGAUCGACAGCAAUUCAGUUGUGAAAAGCAGACUUUCCUCCACUGCAGACCUUAUUGGGACCAUGAAGGGCGUUUUUGGCAGGCUCUUGUCAGACCGCGCGAAUCAGGAAAUCCUCGAUCUCCAGGUGCAGACCGAUCCGUUGGCUGCUACCCACUACUACAUCUUCAAGGGCACUGAGAUCCUGGGCGUCAGCACGGACCUCUUGACUCGGAUCUCCGCGACUGGUGCCACCCGACUGAAAAUGGACGUGAUGGUCGUCUGCUGCCAGCCGAGCGUUGUUGAGCGUCUUGGUCCGUAG